CUCCUCUCCGGCACCAUGUCGGGGGGCGCUCCGGAGAGCGGGCCGACGGCAACUCCUCGCUUCCUGGCUCCGCCGCCGCCCCCGCCCAAGAACGGCUCUAGCUCGGACAGCUCCGUUGGGGAGAAGCUCGGGGUCUCCGUGGCCGCUUCUGCCUCUGCCAGCGCCGGCGACCCGGAAGGCGGCGCGGAAGGCAGCGGCGGAGGCCGCGGCGAAGAAUACCGCCGACGUCGCCACACCAUGGACAAAGACACCCGUGGCGCGGCCGCCACCGAACACCGUUUUUUCCGCCGGAGCGUCAUUUGUGACUCCAAUGCGACCGCGCUGGAGCUUCCGCGGCUUCAACCCGCCGCGCCUCCCGCCGCCGCCCCCGCCACCACCACCACCGCUCGAGGGAGCAUCCCGCCAGUGUUGGGCUCGCCUCCGGAAUCUGUCAACCAGGCGGCAUGUGCCUCUGUCACUGUCAGCCAGGCCUCCACGCUGCUGCUCCUGCAGCAGUCGUCACCCCUGCCUCCACCCGCGGAUGCGCCACCCGAGCAAGAAGUCCUGGUAGCGAAGGAGGUUGCCCCGCUGCUGGCGAAGGAAGAGGGCUUGGAGACCACCGCGCUGCCCCCUACCAGUACAGCAGGAAGCACGGUUGCUUCUGCCCGAGAUGUGCAAGAAGAGAGGAGUAAACAGCAGGAAGAUAUCGAGGAACUGGAGACCAAAGCCGUGGCUGUUUCUCCGGAUGGCCGUUUUCUUAAGUUUGAUAUCGAAAUUGGCAGAGGUUCCUUCAAGACUGUCUAUAAGGGGCUGGAUACUGAGACCACAGUGGAGGUUGCUUGGUGUGAGCUGCAGGAUCGGAAGCUGUCAAAAUCGGAAAGGCAACGGUUUAAGGAAGAGGCUGAAAUGCUGAAAGGACUUCAGCAUCCCAACAUUGUUAGGUUCUAUGAUUCCUGGGAAUCUACAGUGAAGGGAAAGAAGUGUAUUGUUCUGGUUACAGAGCUUAUGACAUCUGGCACACUGAAAACAUACUUAAAAAGAUUUAAAGUAAUGAAAAUUAAAGUACUGCGAAGCUGGUGCCGGCAAAUAUUGAAGGGUUUGCAGUUCUUGCACACGCGCACUCCUCCCAUUAUCCACCGUGAUUUAAAGUGCGACAAUAUUUUUAUCACUGGCCCGACAGGAUCUGUGAAGAUAGGAGACUUGGGUCUGGCAACUUUGAAGCGAGCUUCUUUUGCCAAGAGUGUGAUAGGUACCCCAGAGUUCAUGGCACCUGAGAUGUAUGAGGAGAAAUACGAUGAAUCCGUUGAUGUGUAUGCUUUUGGGAUGUGUAUGCUUGAGAUGGCUACAUCAGAAUAUCCUUACUCUGAGUGUCAGAAUGCUGCGCAGAUCUACCGUCGAGUGACCAGCGGCGUGAAGCCAGCCAGCUUUGAUAAAGUAGCAAUUCCUGAAGUAAAGGAAAUAAUUGAGGGAUGUAUUCGUCAAAACAAAGAUGAAAGGUAUGCUAUAAAGGACCUUCUGAAUCAUGCAUUCUUCCAGGAAGAGACUGGUGUGCGGGUGGAGCUAGCAGAAGAAGAUGAUGGGGAGAAAAUUGCCAUUAAGCUCUGGUUACGAAUUGAAGACAUUAAAAAACUUAAGGGCAAGUACAAGGACAAUGAAGCAAUAGAAUUUUCUUUUGACUUGGAGAGAGAUGUUCCAGAAGAUGUAGCACAGGAAAUGGUUGAGUCCGGAUAUGUCUGUGAAGGAGAUCACAAGACAAUGGCCAAAGCAAUAAAGGACAGAGUGUCUUUGAUAAAGCGAAAGAGGGAACAGCGUCAGUUGGUAAGAGAAGAGCAAGAGAAAAGGAAAAAUGAACAGAUCAAUCAGAAUCAACAGGCAGAGCAGCAGUUACAAGGAGGCACUACCCAGCCAGGAACAAAGCACGCUACACCUGCCACUGGUGUCACUGCCCUUCCUGCUACUUCAGCAUCAGUUUCUACACAAGUAGAGCCUGAAGAACCAGAAGCUGAUCAGCAUCAACAGCUGCAGUACCAGCAGCCCAGCAUUUCUGUUCUGUCGGAUGGCACAGUUGACAGUGGCCAGGGGUCAUCCCUCUUUACUGAAUCAGGUGUGAGUAGCCAACACACAGUUUCCUAUGGUUCCCAGCAUGAACAGUCUCUUCCAGCAGUUCCAGUGUCAGGAUAUGCAGUUUCUGUUGGCCAGCCACAGUCACAACAGGCUGGAGGAUACCAAACAUCUGCAGUGCUUCAGCGUGGCUGUAGCAUGCUGGGUUGUGCUUCCCCUCUUUCUUUCCCCCCUCUAUCCCAAAUCCACCCUAGUACUCCUUCCACUCCAACAUCAGUGUUAUCUUCGCCUCUUUCUCCUUCCUACCUUCGGACUGCCCCUGAAGAAACCUUUGGCGAAAAGCUUUCCAAAGCCUUGGAGAGUGUCCUGCCCAUGCACACUGCCUCUCCACGCAGCCAUCGGCGUUCCAGCCUGCCUGCCCUAUUUGUCAACCCUCCUCAGUCCAUGGUGCAUCCGUGUGGGGGAACCUCAACGUUCCCAGAUUCCCAGGUAUUUUUUCCAACCGUUCAUGAACGGCCAGUGUCUUUCUCGCCACCACCCAUCGGCCCUUUGAGAGUGGCCAUUUCUCAGCGGCGCAAGAGCACCUCCAUCCUUGAAGCCCAAACCAGCCACUUCCAGCCCUUGCUCAAGACUGGACAGAGCCUACUACUUCCUGGUAGUAGUCCAACAGGCUGGACACCAGAGACACUGGUGACAAAGAGCACAACAGCUCAUAUAUCUGCUGCGCAGCAUACACAGGCUAAUCUUGCUUUUGAGGCAGCUCAAGUGUUGAGUGAUUACAGACCUGGACAAGCAGUUUCAAUGGAUGCUACAAACUUAUUGCCUCAAGAAGCAGUGUAUUUAGUGGGUGUGCACUACCAACCCCAGUUCUCAGAUGGCUGUGAUACAGUAUUGCAUGAAUCCCUUGGGACUGAGCAACACUCAUUGCAGGAUCCAGAACAAAGAAAUAUACAAGUUGGCCCUCUUCAGAGUUCAACUUAUGAGUAUCAAACAGGGCAGGCUUUUCUGGCAAGACAAAUUCAGAACUUGAGGCUGGAUUCUGGAAUGAAUCCACUUUCACCAUUGUCUAGCAUGUCUGCCCCUUUGAGUGCAGAUGCCACACAUAUUAAUUUUCAACCAGUAUUUGUUCCACAUUCAGCACCUGCUGUACUCACUCGUGGUGGGGAUGGCCAAACAAGUUGUGUGUUUGAGUUCCAUGUUCAAACAUCAACUGUAACUCCAGCAGAAGGUACAGUCUUGUCUCAGCUUGUUUAUAGAAAUCGUCGAGGAUCCACAGAUUUUAAUCAGGAGGAGUCUUCUCAAACAACUUUACAGCCUGUCCGUCUGCAGCCUGUAACAGAGGAACAAUGUCACUACUUGGGUCCUGAGCUCAUAAUUCCUAGGAGCAUUUCUGUUCUGCCAAGCUGGCCAGAAGGUAGUCCAGGAUUCUCCAGUGACUCAUCACACAUGACAUCCUCAGACACGAGUGAAUUUCAAUCUCCCCCUCCCAGUGGGGCAUCUACAUUGCAUGGUUCAGACCUGUCUCAGCCUGCUACCCACUUGGUUCAGAAUGUAUUUCAGGAUUCACAGAUGUUCAUCCACCUCCCACAGGGAACUUCAUCUCAACAGGCAUUCCCAACAGUGGUUUCAUCUGGAUCAUCUACAGUCUAUCCUCAGAUUCAAGGUCAGCCAUCCUCAAAUGGUUCCUCAUCCCAGCUUUUGCAACAGAGUCAGCAGAGUACACAGCAGCCAGCCUCUUCUCAGCAGAGUGGGCAGUACCAAGCUCAGCCAUCAUCAGUUUCCAGUGGAACUGCUCCAUUGCAGCCACUUGCCCAACAAGCACAAGUAAUGCCUACACCUCAGGUGGCAGCUGGGUCACAGCUUCCUGUUUCUCAACCAGUGCCGAUCAUCCAAGGUGAACCACAGUUACCUAUGGCUGCACCUUCCCUUCCUCAGCCUUCAGUUGCCCCAGUCAUACCUGUUGGCUCUCAUUUUCUUCCAAUGGGACAGCCCUUACAAGCACCCCUUCUUCCACAGUUCUCAGUCUCUCCAAUGCCCAUUGCAGCACCUCAUGUGUCAGUGGCACAACCUUGCUUCCCAUCUGUACCUGUCUCUAUGGCAGCUGGCAUUAAUCAGCCAUUGCAUACUCUGGCCCCAUCUGCUACUGCAGCUGCUAUCCCUGUGGGUUCAACUGUUGUUCCUAGCCACCUUCCAACUCUCCUGCAGCCUGUGGCUCAGCUGUCCAGCCAAGUGCUCCCACAGCUUCUGCAGCCAGCUGUUCAGUCCAUGGGAUUGCCAGCAACUCUGGGACAAACUGCUGAAACACCACUUCCAGCCACAGAUGCUCUGUACCAGGGCUUCUCACCUCGGCUACCAGCGCAGUAUACUGCAGACAAAAAUAUUGCUUCCUCUUCUGUGGCCUCUGCUUGCCUCCCUUCUGCAGUACUAUCCCCUCCUUUAACUACAGAUGCAUUGACUCAGCCAGGCUAUAUUACUUCGAUGGUGCAGCCUUAUGUGGAGCAGAAUGUUUUAGUUUCUUUGGGCGGUCUAGGAGCACAGGUCCAAAUACCACAGCCUGCUUCCUGCUUAGCACAGCAGGUCUCAUCUGCAUCUUCGCAGCAGACAGCAUUAGAGAGUACCUCUGGAAUCCCUCAAACAGCACCUCCAGAACCUCAAACAGCAGUACAGCAACAGCCUUCGCAAUCAACCCCCUUGGUUUCCUCAAUAGACAGUGCACAUUCAGAUGUUGCUUCAGGCUUAAGUGACGGUAAUGAGAGUGUCCCAGCAUCUAGCGGCAGACAUGAAGGGAGGACUACAAGACGGCAUAAUCGGAGGUCAGUGCGGAGCCGCUCACGUCAUGAGAAGACUUCACGUCCAAAACUGAGGAUUCUUAAUGUUUCAAAUAAAGGUGAUCGGGUUGUAGAAUGUCAGCUAGAGACACAUAAUAGAAAAAUGGUUACUUUCAAGUUUGACCUGGAUGGUGACAACCCAGAAGAAAUAGCUUCUAUUAUGGUACAAAAUGAAUUCAUCUUGGCUACAGAGAGAGAUUCGUUUGUUGAGCAAGUGCGAGACAUUAUAGAAAAAGCAGAUGAAAUGCUUGGUGAAGAUGCUAGUGGAGAACCAGAAGGUGAUCAAAGCAUAGGCAUUGUGCAGAGCCAGAAAUUGGAUGGUGACUUCAAACAGCCAGAUCCUGUAUCUUCCAUGCCACAAAGAAUGGGUCUUCCUCCUAGUUCGUUAACUCAGGUUGUCCAUUCUGCUGGGAGAAGGUUUAUUGUCAGCCCUGUACCAGAAAGUAGGUUGCGAGAACAGAAAUUUUUUACUUCCAUUCCAUCAGAAAAUGAACUUCUGGAUAUAGUUGCUGCCUCUCCAUCACAUGGUCCUGGGAUAAAUCUCUCUCACUCUGCUUCAUCACUCAGCCUGCAGCAAGCUUUCUCAGAGAUCAAGCAUGGUCAAAUGACAGAAGGACCUAGUACAGCACCCCCAGUUUUCAACCAGGCUGUGCCAUCUUUUCCAUCUGUAGCUAUAAGUGGGAAUGAGGGGUUAGUAUCAACAGCAGUGACAGCUCCUUCUGCAUCACUUCCUUCCUCUGUUGGUAUUCCUUUACCAGCAGAGAAGGUGACCAGAGGACUUCCACUGAGUGAAGAAUUGUCACGUUCAAACUCUCCACCACCAUUGAUGCAGUCUGGGUCAGAAGCAAUUAGUGGAGUAGCUUCCAGCAUCAGUGCACCAUCUUCUUUGUCAACAACUUCAUCCCAAGUGGUUUCUGCCCUUGGAGAAAUUACUUCAAGUAGUAGCACUCCAGCUUCUCUAACACUGCCAUAUGCUGGUGCAGCAGGACCUAGUGUUACAAUAGCAGGAGUUACGACACCAUCUGUGACAUCUCAGCAGGUGGGUGAUGGCAGUUCUGUUCCAACACAAUCUCAUGCAAGUGUCCCCAUGUCAUUGGCACAGAGCAUAGUUCCCCAGUCUUCUCAGUUGAGCACUAGUUGCUCUAUCCCUAGCCUAGCAGAGAUGGUGGUUGUUAAUGUGCUGCAGCCAAGAUCAGAGAGCGAACAAUCACCAGAAAAGGCACAGUUAGGCAUUACAGGUGAAGUACCCUUGUCACUUUCUGUGUCUUUACCAUCUGCAGUAGUAUCAAGUAUGUCCAGCUCCACCUUGCAAUCAGCUGGGUUACAGCCGCUACCCAUCCCAUCCAUAGUUUCUUCAUCAGACUUAACUUCAGUGGCAGGUGCCAUUUCUACCCCAGUGUUACCUCAUAUUCCUUUGCCUGGCAUUUUGCCCCUGGCACAACCAGUAAGUAAUGUGCCUGCAGUCCAGCAGACUUUGAUACAUAGUCACCCUCAACCAGCUCUAUUGCCCAAUCAGCCACACACACACUCAUUAGAAAUAGAUGGCGACACUCAGCCUAAAGCACCUGGAAUUGAUGACAUUAAAACUCUGGAGGAAAAGCUGCGAUCUCUCUUCAGUGAACAUGGUGCUGGAGCAGUUCAUCCAUCUGUUUCCCUGGAUACGUCUCUAGUAAUGGAAACCACAGUCAUGCCUGGCUUACCAACCACUGCUGUUGCACCCACAAAACCUGUGGCAUCUGUUUCAAGUUCCAGUGUACCACCAGCCAGUUUGACACUUGGUCCAACAGGUUUACCUGCUGUUACACCAGUUGCUACACCUGGGCAAGCGGGCACCCCUAUCAGCUCUCUGUCAGCAACAUGCUGUACUGCAUCAGCAACAGCCAAACCAGGGACCCCUCCUUCAAAGGCUCCUCUUAGCAGGGUACCGGCACUGCCGGUAAGUUCUGAACUUCCAGCUGGCACUCCAUCCAGUGAGCAGCUGCCACCCUUUCCGGGACCUACACUAACUCAGUCCCAGCAACCUCUGGAAGACCUGGAUGCUCAGUUGAGAAGAGCCUUGAGUCCAGAGACAGUCCCAACAACAUCAGCUCCUGCCUGUCAAUCUGCGAUUUCUACAGCAGUUACUGGAGUUGUGUCUGUGGCAGAACAAUCCACAAAUACUGAUUUUCAGGAUGCAGAAGGUUCUACAACAACUGCCACCCCAGGAGUUGCAGUUGUGGGCCGUUUCCAGGUGUCUGUGGCAGAGGAUGAGCAGAAAGAGAGGACAGGUCAGCCCAAGCACUUCAACACAACCUCCUCGGAAUCCUCAUCUUUGUCUAGCAGCAGUCCAGAGAGUACUCUGGUGAAAGCAACCUCUGGUGGGAAAGCUGAGGCCAUUGCUGUUACUUCAGUGGAUGUGGUGGAUGGCAACCUGUCACAUACUUCCACCACGCAGUUACAGCCCACCAAGGUUGGGCGUUUCCAGGUGACAACAACGACAACAGACAAAGUUGGUCGUUUUUCUGUGUCUAGAACUCAAGAUGAAGUGACCUGUGUGGAAAGAGAAGUUCCUGCAAUAUACCCUCUGCCUGUGGACUCUGAACAAGUUUCUUCUUCGCUUACACCUCCUAAAUCAGAGUUUGCAGAGAGAAGGCCUUCUCUGCAUUUAAAUGGGCCUUCAUCUGAGCUAGAAGCUGCCUUCCUUAGUGGGGCAGCUAAGGAGCUGGAUGAUGAUGUGGCGAGUCCAGACUCUCUCCACCCUCCUGGAUCAAAGAUCAGUCUUCCAGUCCAGAGCCUUAGCAACUCAUUCAACUCUUCCUACAUGAGCAGUGAUAAUGAGUCAGACAUAGAAGAUGAAGACUUGAAGUGUGAGCUGCGCCAGUUGCGGGAGAAGCACCUUAAAGAAAUCCAAGAGCUUCAGAGUCGCCAAAAAUUGGAGAUUGAACUACUUUACACGAAACUAGGCAAAGUACCUCCAGCAGUAAUCAUUCCUCCUGCUGCUCCGUUAUCAGGCAGGCGAAGAAGACCUACAAAAGGAAGAAGUAAUCGAUCCAGCCGCAGCAGCUCCCAGGGUAAUAAGAGUCCUCAGAUUUUGGGAAAUCUGUCUGCUCAGAGUGCACCUUCAGUCUUGCCCCAACAGCAGACCCUCCACCCUCCAGGCAGUGUCCCAGAGACGGGACAGAAUCAUCUGUUACAGCCCCUAAAACCAUCUCCUUCUAGUGAGAACCUCUACUCUGCCUUUACUAGUGAUGGUGCCAUUUCCAUACCAAGCCUUUCUGCACCGGGCCAAGGGACCAGCAGUACGAAUACUGUUGGGGGAACAGUGAACAGCCAGGCACCUCAGUCUCAGCCUCCUGCCUCAAGCCGGAAAGGGACCUUUACUGAUGACCUGCACAAGUUGGUUGACAACUGGGCCCGUGAUGCUAUGAACCUCUCGGGCAAGAAAGGAGGCAAGGGACACGGAAACUAUGAGGGCCCAGGAAUGGCGAGGAAGUUCUCUGCACCAAGCCAGCUCUGCAUCUCAAUGACAUCUUCCCUUGGUGCUACACCCAUCUCUGCAGCAUCGGCUACCUCCUUAGGUCACUUCACCAAGGCCAUGUGCCCCCCUCAGCCGUACGGUUAUCCAACAGUGCCCUUCGUACCUCCCUGGAGUGGGACCAGUGGUCCAGCACAGCCACCUUUAGGCCAAUUCCAGCCUGUAGCAGCUGCCUCAUUGCAAAGCUUCAACAUCAGCAACUUGCAGAAAUCUAUCAGCAACCCCCCUGGCUCUAAUUUACGGACCACUUAAUGAGACCCAGGCACACUGCCGGGUAGACACUGGGGAGGGGGAGAUGGGGCCUGGAACGAACUACUAGACUGCAGUGAACUGGCUCUAAAUGCCUGAAGGGGAUGAAUUUUCUCCUCUAACUAUUGCUCUCUGCUCUCAGUAAGAAAUAUUCCCCAUUCUGAAGAUGGGGAGAAGGGCGAUCAGGAUCUUCCAUGAUGGGACUUGUUUCCUUUCAUUCCUUUGUGUAGCAAGGUGUGUGAAAAUGGAAGUCAGCAUGUACCCGGUGGCCUCUUGCUGUAAAAUUCAGUUGGCUUAGAAGGCUAAACCCAUAGGGGAUGAGAUGGGAGAAUGCUUGUUUGUUCUAGCAUGAAUCUUUAGUAUGCUGUUUGUCUUGCUCUGAGGAAUUAAGUCUGGGGGAAAACUGUCUGUUUUUCCAUCUUAUCUCUCCUUCCUUUAAAUCAUCAUAACUAAAGUUCCUGAACUGAUGGUGCAUAUAAGGUGGACUUGCAGAACAGCCCAUGCUUUGAGAUAGGUCAUUACUGCUUUAAGUAAAAGAUAUAACAGCUUUGACUGCAGCAUUAGAGCAAUUUAAAUGGUUUAGAAGAUAAAUUUUUAAAGUUCCCUGCGGACAUGUACUUACCAUCAGUUUUGAUGUGAAAACACUGUGAUAUAUAAAUGUUGUUGGACAACAGUAGUUUAAAAAACAAGUGGAGCAUAGAGGGUUAAACAGUUAAAAAGGAAAAGAAAUGGGGGAAAAGCUAGCUAUAUCCUUAUAUGUAUUGGAGACACUUUAACUUUUUUCCUUUUUAUUUUCAUUGUAUUAGAUAAAUGUGAAUGUAUAAUUGUAUAAAUUAAUGUACUUGAAUACUUGUCUGUUCUCCCAGUAUGCUUGCUGGAUAUUUUAGUGCCUUGGACUUUUAUUGCUUCUGCAGUUAGCAUCACCUUCCCAGCAGACUUUAGAAAGGCGGAGGAAAGACAGGGAAGGAGGAAGUUAUCCUAGUCACCAGAACACCAAAGGCUGAACACAUUGUAUGCUCAUACUGUAAUAGUGUUGAGAGUAGGUGUUGUUGGGGGAGCUACUGCAGCUGUGUGUCGAAAAAAAUAAAGCUAUGGAGUGAUGGGGAAACUAGUGUUUGACACAGCAGCAGCAGCAGCAGCAAGGGCUUAAUGUGGAGGUGUUAAAUGAAUAAAUGUAGCAAGCAGAGUAAAGCUGGGCUGAAUGAGAGAAGAGGGAAAUGGGAGAGAAAGAAGUAUUUGUCUCUGAAAGGAUAGCUCCUAUGUGUGGAUUGACUUUUAAGCAAUAAAGUUUUUUUUGCAAGGUCAGUUGUAUUAAGGGGUUAGUGCUAUCACUGUGGGGAAGGAGAGUGUCUGCUGGGAUAUGCUCCCCAUGCUUCAGGUGGUCCAGAAAGACCAGGAAGUGAGACCUUCCUGGUGCAAGAUCUAUUGCCAAGGAUUAAUACACUUGAAACAGCCAACAUCAAAAACAACUUCUUAUUCUACGUCUAAAGGACUUAAAACUGGUACCAGGACUGUAAUUUAACUGUGUUGCCUUGUAGUAGGUGUACUAGAGCUCCUACUUUCCACUCGCCUUCCUCUUUCUAUCUUCUAAUACUGCUUUCCCUGUUAAAAUGAAAAGUUGCAACCAACUAGUAUUACUCUGUAUUGCUGCAGCAGGCUGUGAAAGGGUCAAAGGACUUCUGCUUUAUAUUUGGCAGCAGCUCUGCUGCUGGUCUAGAAGUUUGUGUACUAAGGAGAGGUGCCUCCCCAAUCACCUUGAAGUUUCUCUAAAGUUAGCAGGGAGUUUGUUCUUUCUGUACUUGGUUUCACUCUUCCCUCAAACAUAUGCACAGGUCUUUCUUUCUUUCUUUCCAUCCUUUCACCUUAAGUUGCAGUUUACAGUGGCUUUGUCAAGGAGAUAGAUUGGUGGCUGAAAAGCAAAAGGAAGACGUCUGUGUGUCUGGGUUUUCCAACAGGUUUUUAGACUGAAGGAAAGGUGCGGGAAAGUGCACAGUUAAGAUGGGAAUAGGGAAGCAUAAGAUUUCCUGCUGAGGAAAAUAAUGAAAAAGUUGUGCUUUCUGAUCUGUGGCUGAGGUUGAAGUGCAGGAUAUGAAAGAGCCGUGAUGAGAAAUGCCACUUGAACUGAUCAGCUGAGUGGUGCACGAGGGUGGUAUUUGGUUUAGUAUGUUUGAGGUCAGGUUUUCACUUAGUUAUACAAGUACUGGUUUUAUUUACCAUUGAUUUCCCUCCUGUGGAUGAAAUAACUGAGGUCUAGAAGAAUUAACUAAUGCUACUGAACUGUUAAAUUAUUUUGUGUUAAUAUUACACUUUGAGUACCUUUUCCACAAGAUCUGUUUCUGAAUUACAGAUGUUUUCUUUACAUUAUUUAACAAUGUACACUGUAAAAAAUAAAUAAAAAUAAAAUGAAUUCAAACCUUGGGCUUCCCUGGCCGUAGUUAAUGGUAUGUUUUGCACUAAACCCAGACAUUGCGCUUCCUGUAUGAUUGCGCUUUGUGCUGCAGUUUGUUACCUUCUUUGUAGAUAUUUAAUGAAAUCAUUCAAAUAAACCAAACUUGCUUUUGUUGA